ACGGCAGCAGCAUCGACAUUAGCAAAUCGCGAGUUGUAGUGGACUGAUUGUCAUAACGUAUCGUGCUAUUUGGUGGCAAGUGUAAGAAGUGCGUGUGAUCGGUGUGACAACGCGACGAGACGACGACGGCAAAAUCUUACGGAGUAGCGAAAUUUCUAAUGUGGAUGGAUUUAAUGGAAAUAAUGAGGAUUUGUCAGAGAUUGUCGGGUGUCGUGUAGGAAAAAGGAGAAUAGUAAUAACGGGGACGGGUACAGUGACGGCGACAGGGGGGGGAGAGUAUCGUGGUGGAAGUGGAGAAGGAGGAGUUUGCGAGGGUGAAAGAGAGAGAAAGAGAGAAAACGAGUUGCGGUGUGAUGGUCGUUCGACUUCGAUCAAAAAGAACGAAGAGAGAGAAAGAGUGAGUGAGUGAAAGAGAGGAAGAGCGACGAUAGGCCGGGCUUCUAGCUAAGAAGCAGCGGAUGAUUGUAAAAUGGCGGCGGGGCCGGUUGUGUGGCGACUGCUAGAUGGUUGGUCGGUAAGCAUUGACGUCGUUUGAUUCAACUGAAAAGAGAAUAAUCGAGGACGAUUGUCGUGGUGGAAGAGUAGGUCCGUUUGGUAAGAGUGAAACUGUGGAACGAAACGGAAGGAGCGCGGGCUCGCACGAUUUUCGAAGCAAUUCCGCGCCGCUGGUGAAAGAUGCCGCAUCUGUGCCGGUAGUGAAUAAUUUGAUGGUGUAAUGUUGCGUACAAAAAUCGCGAUGUGAUCUUUGUGCAUUGUAAGACAAAAAGAGAGAGAGAGAGAGAGAGAGCGAGAGAGAGAGAGGUAGUUAAAGGGGAAAGAAACGGUGCAGUGUCUUGCACUUGUUCGAAAGAACAAGAGAGAGAGAUAUUUUUUGCAGGCUUUUUUUUUAGUCCAAGUCGUGGAUUUACUGUGGUCCAUCAACGGUGUUGGAAGAGGCAGAAGAAGAAGUGGAGGAGAAGGGGAGGAGAAGGUGACGAACGUUCGACGAUAGAAAGAUGACAAGGUCGUCGCGUUCUUCGACAUCGAUGUCGAGCCGUGGUUGUUGUUGUUACCGCUGCUGCUGUCGUCGUCGUCGCCGGUGCAGUUUGGCAGGAGCCGCGAAUGCGACCGCCAGGAAAGCUGCGGAAAGCGUUGCCAGUGAGCAGCUCAGUGGGCGUUACGAUUGAGAAUUUCAUUCCUCUUUUCCUCGGAAUCGUUCUUUUCGCCGUUGGAAGUGGAGGAAGAGGAAGAGGAGGAAAAAACGGUGGAGGACGAGGAAGAAGAUGAGAGGCGCACGCGGUAGCUGCUCCGCGAGUGUUCUCGCAUUAGCGCUUUUUUAUUUACUUUACGCAUCCUAUCCAGUUGACGGAUUAUUGAAGUGCUACUGCGAUAUUUGCACGGAUAGUAAUCACACGUGUGAAACCGAUGGCUAUUGUUUUGCCAGUACGAGCUUGGAGAAUGAUGUCAUCACGUAUGCCAGGAGGUGCGUGCACAAACAGCUGUCGUCGUCGCAGCCCGAGCCGCUCAUCUUCUGCAUGACGAGCGACUCGCGAAAUACGACCUUUGUCAUCGAGUGCUGCAAAGAGGAUUUUUGCAAUCGGGAUCUGAAACCUCAGCUGCACCCUCGCACCAAAGAAGGUGUUACAAUAAGACGUACUUCUUCCCGGGGCCCGAAUACUCAGUCUGGUGUACAACGAACAUCAUCCAGAAUGUUCCUGACGGCAUCAAGUCCGUCGUUGCUUGCUGCGACCACUCCGACUUCUGCAAUCGCGAGCUAUGGCCCUCUUUUCCUCUUCACGAACUCGAGCCUCGGCAACGUUCUCGAAACGACAACGACCUCGAAGGAGGAACUACAUCUUGGUGGAAGAUGGCGAAGAUUUCGAGUCGUUGUCGUCUUGUCAAAAGUAUCGUCGAAUGGGAACGAUUCAACGUGGAUUACAUGGAAAAUGGCCUUGACGAUAGCACUUCCUGUAUGCGCAAUCUGUCUGAUCAUCAUGAUUUUUUAUCACACAUACCUCUCGAAGAAAGAUUCUACAAGACAUUUCCCAGAUGAUUCGUUGGAGGCACCGGAUCGACCAAUCCUGGGAGGUGUCACUAUCAGAGAUAUGUUGGAAAUGACAACUAGUGGUAGCGGUUCGGGUCUGCCACUUCUGGUACAGCGGAGUAUAGCACGCCAGAUUCAGCUUGUUGAGACGAUCGGAAAGGGUCGUUUCGGUGAGGUCUGGCGUGGACGUUGGAGGGGUGAAAACGUUGCCGUUAAAAUCUUUAGCUCGCGAGAAGAAAGAUCUUGGUUUCGAGAAGCAGAGAUCUAUCAGACGGUGAUGCUGAGGCAUGAUAAUAUCCUUGGCUUUAUCGCUGCUGAUAAUAAAGACAAUGGAACCUGGACGCAAUUGUGGUUAAUCACGGAUUACCACGAGAAAGGUUCGCUUUUUGAUUAUCUAAACAGAUUGACUGUAGAUACGAAUGGUAUGAUUAGAAUGGCUUUGUCGAUCGCCACUGGUCUGGCACAUCUUCACAUGGAAAUUGUUGGUACGCAAGGUAAACCAGCUAUCGCUCAUAGAGACCUUAAAUCGAAGAACAUUCUCGUUAAGACGAAUGGUACAUGUGCGAUUGGUGAUCUUGGAUUGGCUGUUAGGCAUGAUGUAAUCACGGACACAGUUGAUAUUCAAUUAAAUAACAGGGUUGGAACCAAACGUUAUAUGGCACCUGAGGUCUUGGAAGAGACGAUAAAUAUGAAUCAUUUCGAUUCGUUCAAAAGAGCAGACGUGUACGCUCUCGGUUUAAUCUUUUGGGAAAUUGCAAGACGUUGUAACGUUGGUGGAAUUCAUGACGAUUAUCAACUGCCCUUUUACGAUUUGGUGCCUUCCGAUCCUACGAUCGAGGAAAUGCGUAAGGUAGUCUGUACAGACAGACAAAGGCCCUCCAUACCAAAUCGAUGGCAGUCAAUCGAGGCUCUACAAGUGAUGUCAAAAGUGAUGAAGGAAUGUUGGUACCAUAAUGCCGCGGCAAGGCUGACUGCACUCAGGAUUAAAAAGUCUUUGGCCAACUAUGGCGCUAUGGAGGAUCUGAAAUAGAGAAGAUUAGGAGGGACCAUUCCGAAAGUGUCAGUGUUGUUGUUAUGCUUCACAAAUAUAGGAAAUGCGAUCAUAAACUAUAUGUGAAUAUAUGAGAACGUUUGCAUAAACUUUAUUCCAUUAUGCGAGAUAUUCCAGAAGAAUAUAGAAGGGAUUUUUGAAAUCCAGGUGAUUUACAAAUUGUAUUAUUUAUUAAUAGUUUAUUUCUAUUUUUGAUUUUGGAAUUCAAUCGAAAAGUAAUGAAAUUUUGUUUACGAUUUGUUGAUAUUUUUCAAAAAAAUUGUCGAAGGUCUUUUAAUUUGAACGUUGUUAAUUAUUAUUAUCAUUUUUUUUUUUUUUUUUUUUUCGUUGGUUAGAACACAACGACAAAGGUAAAGUCGAUCGAAAACUCGAAAAAUGCUUUUGGUUAAUCGAAAAAUAAUCUACGUUACAUUACUGCAUAUUUAUUAUAAUGCUAUAAAGAUAAACUACAUAAAUUUAUUCCGUAGUAACGUUUAUGGAUUAAUAUUAAUCGAUAAUUAUAAGUUUAUAUAUUAGUUCGCAUACGUGUGCGUAGGCGAUUACUUGAAAGCAGUGUCGAUUAACCAAAUGGUAUUUUGAAUAAGAAUAGGGUAAUAUAAUAAAACUAAUUUUUAUUUGGUCGAAUGUGUUCUAUGUGAUCUAUGAAGAUUAAGGAACGAAACAGAAUAUUUUAGAUAUCGGAUAUUUUUUUUUUAAUUUAUUUCACUAUGUUCCGGAUAGUGUUUCUAUUUCGAAAUACUUUUUUCACGCUUUUUUCAAAUUGAACUUAUCGUCGAUGUUUUAACAGUGCGAGCAGAAACCAAACUUUCCGAGAGUAUGUACCAUUUAACGUGUGUUACAAGAGAAAUACAUAUACACAGAGAAAUUUCUUUUUUUUUUUUUUUGGCAAUGCAAGCGGGAUGCUGACAUUAAGAAAAAGUAAACAAAACGUGUAAGGUAAUUUUUAUAUUUAUUAUUUUCAACGAGUCUAUGUAUUAAACUUUUUCGAAAUCGAUCUUUUCAAAAUAAUGCAAGCAAGAAUUAUGAUUUUGAAAAUAUUUCUUUGUAUUACAAUUUAGGAUAAAAUCUUCGAACGUUGAAAUAGUUGUAAAAGUUUCUUCGUGUGAAAUCGGUGAAACUUGAAAAGAUAAGUUUUACAUUGAAACAAAACUAUUUCAAAACAAAAUGAAGAGAAAAAAAGAAAUGUAUUUGAUAAAUCGCAAUUGCAUAAUACGAAGAGCCUUAUCGCGUUUUCGUUGACAUUGGAAGGCCUUUUAUCUACGACCAGUUAUAUUUACUGAUUGACUUAAAUAUACGUACAUACGUAUAUAUGCGCACGUGCGCGUGGGCUUAUAAUGUCUUUAAUGUAGAUGUAACCAAAUGUUUUUCUUAAGACGUAAGUUUUGCGUAAUAUUAACGCAAGUUGAUCGCGGCAUGCAACGGUAUACCCCGCGAGUAUGUCGAAACGUGUUUCCUUUGUAACACAGGAAGGCUGAAAUUGAAGGGUGCUAAGCUCAAGAGCAACUGUAAAGUAGUGUGAAAGAAGGAGAGCAAGUGAGUUAGUGGUAGCGAGAGUGGCUUGCGCGAGUAUGAAAGAAAGAAAGAAAGAAAGAAAGAAAGAAGAAGAAAAAAAAAAAGAAAUGAAAAAUUGUGAAUGAGACGCUAAUAAUAAAAACUAAAAAGAAAAAAAAA